UAUAUUUGUUUGCUUUGUUUGGUUAUAUAUGUAUUCAAUAUUGGGCACGCGUGUUGAAAUAUGCAAUGAUCAAUUUUGUGACGGAAUUUACGACAUUCAAUGGUAUGAUUUGGAGGUUGCCGAUCAGAAGACCGUACUGCUAAUGCUCACUAAAUCCCAAGUUCCACGCAUUAUAACUAUCGCUGGAGUUGAGCCACUAUCGGUGAACACUGCACUGAAGAUCACACGCUCUAUCUACAGUUUGGCUAUGAUGGUAAUGCAGUUCAGUAAAUAA